AUGGCUCCUUCAACAGUUACUGUGACUGUUCAGUCACGAGGAAAACCCAUCAAGAAACUCCCCAAGGAAGUUCAAAUUUCUCCGAACUCGUCGACCCAGGAGCUUUAUCUCCAACUCGCGGAGGCAUCAGGCUACUCUGUUCAUCGUUUGAGAAUCACCAAAGCAGCCGACCGGGCCUUGGUUCCAAACUCUAAGAAUAGCACGAUUGAGAGGAAUGGUCUGACUGCGGAGACCGUCCUCCAUGUGAAGGAUCUGGGACCCCAGAUCAGUUGGCGCACCGUCUUUAUCAUCGAAUACCUUGGCCCACUUUUGAUCCCAGCUCUUUUCCUUUUCCCGCUCCGACCAUACUUGUAUUAUAACUUCGACAACAUUCCGGGGCCAAGCGACAUUCAGCUUCUUGUCUGCGGGCUUCUCACCCUCCACUUUCUGAAGCGCGAGUAUGAAACCGUCUUUGUCCACCGUUUCAGCAAUGCCACGAUGCCGGCGUUCAAUAUUUUCAAGAACAGUGGUCAUUAUUGGGUCUUAGCUGGCGGCAACAUUGCCUAUUGGGUUUUCCGACCUGAUUCAAAUGCAGCAACUGGGUACGUCAACACCACCCUGCUGUACAUUGGGAUUGCACUUUACGUAUUUGGAGAGCUGGCAAACUUCAACGCCCACUUGGUGCUGCGUGACCUUCGCCGCCCUGGAACUACGGAAAGAGGUAUCCCGUCCGGAUUUGGAUUCCGCGCUGUUACUUGCCCCAACUACUUUUUCGAGGCUGUUUCUUGGGUUGGUGUCUACCUAGUGAGCGGCCUCAGCUGGAGCGUUUUAUUUUUCAUUGUCGUCGCCUCGGCACAGAUGGCCGUCUGGGCGCAGAAGAAGGAACGUCGCUACCGUAAGGAAUUUGGCGAUAAGUACAAGCGCAAGAGAUUUGUUAUGCUCCCCGGUUUGAUUUAG